GAGUCAGAAGGAGAAGGGAAGAAGACAGACGAUCAUCAAGAGGAGAAAAGAAGAGCAGUCAGAAAUGGAUCAGAAAUGGAUUUCUGUCACCUUCCUUUUCUCAGCUGUCUGUGGUGUAUCUGCAUAUGUUCCUCAUCGGUAUCACUUUGUGAAUGAGAAUAAAACCUGGACUGAAGCUCAGAGCUACUGCAGACAGACCUACACUGAUCUGGCCACCAUCAACAACAUGGAGGAGAUGAAGAAGCUGAAUGCUAUUCUGAACGAUAAAACUAGAAGCUUUGUUUGGAUCGGUCUAGACAGAGGGAACACUGGGAAAUGGCUGUGGUCUCUGGCAGAUGAAAGUUUCUACAGGGAGGGAGACACUUACCGAAACUGGAACAGUGGAGAGCCAAACAAUGCUGGGGGAAAUCAAUACUGUGUUGCAAUGAGCAAGAACACUGGAACCUGGUGUGAUGAUGGCUGUGCUGAAACAUAUACUUUUAUGUGUUUUGACAAAAAGAAGACAAACACUGAAAGAUACAUACUUAUUAAUGAGACAAAGACCUGGCGUGAUGCUCAGACCUACUGCAUAGAACAUUACACGGACCUGGUCAGUGUGAGGAACCAGACUGAGAACCAGCAGAUCUGGAAUUUGGCAAAGAAUUCAAUUAGCAUUCUUGUUUGGAUCGGCCUGUUUAAUGAUUCCCUGAAGUGGUCAGAUCAGAGUGACUCCUCAUUCCGAUACUGGAGGUCUGACCAGCCAGAUAAUCAGGGUGGAAAUGAGAACUGUGCUGCCGUGUCUAUGACUGACCAGGGUCACUGGCAUGAUGUGAACUGCCUAACAAUGUACCCCUUCAUCUGCCAGGAGAAUCAGCUGAUCUUGAUCAGUCAGAAUCUGAGCUGGAGAGAAGCUCUGAGAUACUGCAGAGAUAAUCAUGUGGAUCUGGUCUCAGUUCUCUCUGAGAAGAUCCAGCUCUGGGUGAAGGAGGUGGCACAGAAAGCCUCCACUGAACAUGUGUGGCUGGGUCUGCGUCACACCUGCACUCAGGGUUUCUGGUACUGGGUGAGUGGUUUUUCCAUCUGCUAUGAGAACUGGGCUCCAGGUAACGGGACAGGAGGAGAAGACUGCAGCUCUGUAGAGAGAACCGGAGCGGUGCAGUCUAGAGGAGGUCAGCAGUGGGUCAGCCUGCCUGAGGACCAGAAACUCAGCUUCAUCUGCACCACCUAUGAAGACUGAAAUUAGGUGUAUCCAGCAUCAGUGGACUCACAUCAGCAGAAUGCAUUGCUUGCUUUCCUAUAUAAUGGAGUGUUUCACAGGUUAAUUUAGGUUUCAUAUAUUUACUUAUUUUCCAGUAAUCCACUGUAUUUGGUGUGUACAGUUCAUUGUGUUUCGUAAGCUUUCCUCAACUACCUAACUCAAUGUGCAGAUCUUACAGGGACCAAGAUGUUCAGUAGUUCCAAUAGGCUAAUGCUACUGUAGAUGGAAGCCAAGUAGCCAAGAUUUCUGUUCACUCAUUCUAAUGAGCUAAACCUAAUGCUACAUUUUUUGCAACAAAUUAACAUCCUUUCCUACAGCCGAUAACCACUUUUUGCCAAGUUCAACAGUGAAUAUCAACCAAUUCAUACCAACACCUUUACUUUUAGCUUUCACAUUCAUAAACCGAAUUAGUGAUUCAGUAGUUGGAGCACAUUUGUAACGUUUGAUAUGAAUGACUGCUAAUAGCAAACAAUGAGAAUAAAAUGGAUAGUUCCUGUAAUUCUGUUUUAAUGCCUGUUUUUAUGUUAUUACAAUUAUGUUACUUGGUGGGGAAAAUAGAAAUUAUUACUAAUAAAAUGUAAUUUGUUGGUCAAUGGUGUAUUUUAACAUUUUAUAUCCUAUGCCUGUUUUAUAAAUGCUAUAAUUUGUUACACUAAUUUUGCUCUAUUUUGUGCUUUGGCUGGAAUAUCACUGUAAUGUGUGGCGUUGAGAGGCUUACUGCUGUAAUUGUUUUUAUAUUUUUGGUCAAUUACAAUUUCAAUUACAAAUUACUUAUUUGGGAGUCACACAUGGCAAAUGCUUUUAUUUUCGGGAGACUCUAGGCUACUCAGACAUAUCAUUAUUUGUCAUGGAAGCAGAAUGCUAACAGAGCUUUUGUAUCUUUGUGAAUUUGGCCAUUUUUGACCAGAAAUUUACUUGACACCUGCUAUUGUUUUUAUUUUAUUUAUAUUUUGCUUAUAGAAGCAAAAUUCAAUAAUUUUGCUGGGGGCUUAUUCUGUUGUUUCUUGAUGAGCUAAAAUAAAUAAAUUACAUAAUGUAGCUGUGGUUUUUGUUGACUUUCUGUUCUUCUUUUGGAUCCAUGCUGAGUACUAAAACUUUGAUAACUAGUAAGACAAGCCCUGGAAUAUUUGGCUCAAGGCAAGAAAAGCAUUUCUGAGAAUUUUUAUUACCAAUAUUGCCAUAGAAAUUUACUGGAAUUAGGAUUGAAAGAUGAAAUGAAAUAUUGUUAAUUUUUAUUUUUGUGUAUUAUUUGUAAUAUAAACUGAUGAACCAAUAGAUUUAUUGAGUAGAAGAAGGUCGGAGCUUACUGCCCUCUGUAGUAGCACCCUGAUCCAAAGUUUUGCUGACUGUUGUAAUGUGUGUAUCAUGUCUGUAAGAUAAACAGGUCCAAUAUGAAUUGUACCAUUAGUCAAAUAGUUGGAUAUAAAGGUGAUAUUACAUUCAUAUGACUGCAUUUUCAACUUGUAUGUCUAAAGUUCAGUCUUGGAAGUAGUUUUUUUUGUCUUUCACGAUGCCCUUAUUUUCCUCUGAUUUCCCUCUUCCUUUUGCAAGAUCUUGUAAAAACCCCACUGUCCUCACUUUUCUGAUACAU